GAGCCAGGCAGCCACCCAAAAGAGGAAGAGCCCAAUCGAACGGACAAAGGGCUUCCAUUCAGUGUAUCGACGUACGCGAUGGAGUGCAGAGCUGUUCCCAUUCUUCCGAAUUACGCCCAAGCCUGUGGGGAUGUGUAUAUGUCGCCACUUCCACGCAAGAGAUCUUUGUGCCACACGCUGUUCGCUUACAGGACUCUAAACGAUCCCGUCAUCAUUUUGAUCACCUUGGCCGUAGUCGUCGGCUUUUUCUGCCUGCUGAGCGGCUUCAUUCUGAUCUGCGUCGUCUCCAAAGCCUGGCAGGACGAGACCUCCGAGGCAAUAUUGCUAAUGGGCAUUGGUUUCUUCAUCACAUCCCUGUCCUGUGUAUCGUGGAAGCUGACGAGAGCCCAGCGCCUCACCUAGAUUGUGGAGGCCAUCAUUAAUCGUGAUACGACGGAGGCGGUUUAAUUUUAAGCAUUAGAUGCCCAAUU